CAUAAUACUAGAAGUUGACAAAAUUAAGAAGUCUUUUCAAAAGAGUUUUUACUAUGCAGAAAAGACACACAGCAGUCCAUUUUUUCAAUAUUUGAGAAACUUUGUCUCCAGGGCAGCUAUGACACUAAUUUCUGAUGAGAUGAAGAGAAUUGACAUUGUUGGAACAGAUAAAAACUUGUGUGGUUGCAAACUUAGGUCAACAUGUGAGUUACCUUGUGCUUGUGAAUUGAGUGGAUAUACAACCAGCGGUGUACCGAUACCAUUAGAUUCAGUUCACGGUCACUGGAAGAAAUUAACUAUGGAAGAACCAUUGGAGGAUGACACAGAGGAUGGAUAUGAGUUGGACAUGAGUAAUGCAAUGGAGGCAAUAUGGACUCGAUUUCGGUCACUUGAUAUUGUUGGUAAAAGAGCGUUGAAGAGUAAAGUGUUUGAACUUGCUUAUCCAGCCUCAAGUUCAUUGCGUCCACCACCUGAAAAAAUAAAAACCAGAGGAGGAGUGAAGAACAAAGAUAAAGGCAAAGCACCAAAGGGUUAUGAUGUGUACCGUGAUCCAUCAUACUUUGAACAUGUUGAAAGAGAAUAUGGUGAUUCACAAGGUACAUCAAAGAGGUCGCGUACACAACUAUCUCAGCCAUCUCAGGAUCAACAAGCUCAACCAUCUCAAAAGCAACUAUCACAAAUGUCUAAAAAAUUGACAUCUCAGAAGUAUCUGGGGCAAUUUCCUGAUCAUAUACAUCCACAUAUUGUUGACAUUAUUGAAGUGUUAGGAGAUGGAAAUUGUGGUUUUAGAGCUGUUGCAUAUUUACUUGGUUACACAGAGGAAGGUUGACCCAUCGUCCGCCGAGAGUUACAUGAAGAGCUGACAAAUAAUAACAGUUUGUAUGAGAAAUUAUUCAGACAAGGUUUACAGGGCGUUAGAGAUUCGCUGGUAGCAAAUAGAUGGUUCACCGUACCUGCUAUGGGUUACUUGGUAGCAAAUAGGUAUAAUGUUAUUUUAGUCACUUUGGGUAAACCUAGUCGGACCUUCUUUCCUAUGAUGACUUCAUAUUCCUCUUCAGCAAGGUUUUUUUGUAUCGGUUUUGUCGGUGGAAAUCAUUGGGUGCCGGUAAACAUGUCAAAGGGAUUUCCGUUGCCCGAAGUUACAGCUGAUUGGAAGAAAUUU